CCUUGCCUAGCCCUCUUACUAUAAAAAAAUGAAAGUUCCGAGUCUGUACUUUCAAUUAAAAAAAAACAACCGCCAAUUACCGUCCCUUUUAGUAACAUCGAUUUUAAUUUCAAAAGUCACUUCCAAUAUUUCAUAAAAAUGGUCAAUAAGGCAACAAAUUAGUAUACUUUCAGGCUCUCGUGAAUUGAAGCUUGAAACGAUUUUUAAGUGAAACAUUAUUUUUAUUUACGAAUAUGUAGGCGUAACGAAAUUGAAUGACAUUUCAAUCGAAAUAAAAACAUAUAGUUUUCACGGCUAAAAUAUAUUAAUUUUCAUUCAWAUACUUAUAUAKUUURUAUUAAUAUGAGUACUUUUUCGUUUCUAUACAAUGAAUUAAGCGAGGAGCUUAUUAACAGUGAUCGCAAUGUUGAUUUAUUGACUGAAUACAUAAAAUCGAGAAAUUCAGGUGUAACUGAUGAAGAUGUUGCAUAUGUGAAAAUAAGUAUAUCGCAGCGGUUUUUACCUAUAUUUAAUAAAAGGUGGUUUGGGGCAUCCCAAAACAUUGCUCGUUUUUUUGCAAGUAAUUCAGUUUGGCUUACAAUGACAAAUUUAAAUUACAUAUAUACGUCGGACACUGCGAAACUGUUCGUACAAAAUUAUAGUUGGUUUUAUAUGCCUGUUACUGUGCACAAAGUACUAAUGCAUGGUAAGGAUAUAAUGGAUGCUGCCGUAUUACCAAUAGGAAUGCUUUCAGAGGAAGCCGAGGAAGCCAGAAACAAAGACUACAGGAAGUAUCGAUUGAUGUUUUCGAGAAAGUGUGAUCGAAUUUCUACUGAUGUCUUCAACAUACUUCUUAUAACUUCGGAUCCUUACAUAAGUAGCUUAAGGCGUCAUUCGAACAAAAUUUCCUUAGAACUAGAUCCCAUUGUUAAAGAUAUGGUGCUUGCAUAAUAUUACAAAUACAAACUAACACAAUUUUUCGCCUGUUACAUAUUCAAUUAAAACAUUGCUUAUUAUAUUGAAUUUUUAUCAAGCUGAAAGGUAUAAAUAACGUUAAGUUUAAUUUUUUUUCAUCAGGAAAACUCAAUUAAGAAGUCCCGAAUUUCAAGUCCCUAGGUCCAAAAAUAAAAAUUUUGGCAAUUGCAGUUAUAUGGGAGGUGGGUGUGGCAGUGGGCGGUUUUCCAAUAUUUUUUCAAAAUUUCUUAAUUUAGUCCAGAGAAGUGUUUCUGCAAAGUUUCAUUGCUGUACGACCACUCCUUCUAUUUUUUUCCAAGAAAUGUAUGGAGCGGUGCCACUGUGCGCUGUAGAUAUAAGGCAAGAAUAGUAAAGAAGCUAAGAAACGGAUGUUGAAUCCAUUUAUAAACAUUUUACAGACCCACGGAAAUGCUUUAGAUGUCUUAAAUGUUUUCAUAUUGCGGGAGUAUUUAAAUAAUGAAAAUUGUUAUAAUCUGGAUUGCCUGCCUACAUUAUUGUCAUUGGUUUUUGUAGGCUGUCCGUAUCGCUUUGUCUCCAGAUUCCUUUGACUUUGUUCGAUUUAGGCAACCUACAAAUAAAUUUAAUGCUUACUUCUUAUAUCAUUUAAUAUAAUCCAAAUAUCUUUACCCAUAUCGGUGUAUAAUAUAUUUCGAUUAUGUAUCAUAUUUAGAAGUGAUUUAUAAUUCCAAAAGGCGAAAAAAUUCAAUUUUUGUUUUUAGACCAGUGUUGUGUACCAAGUUCAGC